CGAGUUUUGUGUCAAUUGACUGCCUGUCCGUAUCACACCUUUCUGGGGGCUUUGCGUCACACCACGUGCCUCACAUGCAUGCAACCUAGAAGCAAAGUCCUCAAACCAAUGAGCAACGGCGAUGUGAUAAAUCACCUCAGCAAUUUAGCCAUUACGGUAUGUUCAAUCCAGGGCUUACAUCGCCCAGGCCUACAGCCGUUUUCCAAACAUACAAGCUUCAUUAGCGCCUACUCGUUCACAUCAAAAGACCCCCUCGAAACUUUUCAUUCGCUGUCUACAUUCACGAUGGCUUCUCGUUCUUCGCUCAACAUGACCGGUGACGCCCGCAUUGACUGGUGGCCGCAGCGCGACACCGCCUUCGCCGGCGGGAGCUCGCGCACCUCCCGCGCCUUCAGCCCCGUUGUGGGCUCACCCAGCCCCUACGCGACACCCAAGCUUCCCGAGACCAUUGACUUCAACCCCAAGCCCGCCGCGCCCGUCGUGCCGGCGUCUCGUCAAGGGCUUUACGACCCCUUCGGCGCGUUUGACCCGGCCCCGUGCCUGCUGGCGGCGGCCCUGGGUAGCUAUGGGAUCCGCCUGCAUCCCCAGCCGCCCCUGCAGCCCUUUCCCGUGGCGGCGGCCCCGCUCGCACCGCGUCAGGUCGACUGGUCCUGGAGCCCGCUGUACGCAAGCGGCAGCAGCAUUGGUCGUGGCGUUCAGUGGUGAAGAUAGCUUGUGCGUGCUUGGCGGCGGUAAAGAUACGGUAGUGGCAUGCGCCGAUAUGCGCGUGUGCACACCCCUUCACCUGUCCCAUCGCAUCCACUUGCACGUUUGUACAUAGCGCUUCAUGCGCACAUAUUGCAGUUUGUGUUUGCAUUUGUUUUGGGUUGGUGCUUGUUCGUUUGACAGUUUGCAGUUUAGAUAGGGCUCGAGCUGGGGACGCGUGAUGAAGAUGCUGGACAUAAGAAUGCAAGAACAUUCAGGAAGGAGACGAAGAACUCUACCAUGCGAACAUGGAGUGGAAGAAUGCAUGGUGCUGACACGGGCUACGGCCCUUGCUUGCUUGUAACAUAAAUACGGUA